AUGUGGCUGGCACUCGACGUACUUUUUGUCACAGCGUCAAUUCUACACAUAUGCGCUAUAUCAUUGGACCGAUACUUCUCAGUGACGUCACCACUAACUUAUCCGUCAAAACGAACACCAACACGAAUGUUUAUUUAUAUUGGUGUUGCGUGGCUGGUUUCCUUGCUAAUCUGUUUGCCUCCGAUUUUCGGAUGGAGGCCCGAACGUCGUCCAGGUGAAUGCGCAGUCAGCACUGAUGUUGGCUAUGUUCUGUACUCGUCUCUAGGCUCAUUUUAUAUUCCUGUCAUCAUAUUAAUACUUGUGUACGCACGGAUCUAUGCUAUCACUAUCAAGCAUAGUCGUCAGCGUUUAAAGGAAACUGAACGAAGGGAUCAGACUUUGAGCCUACUUACUGCCAAACCUACUAAAAAAGUCGUUGAACUGGAAUUGAUUGAGGAUAAUUCGGACGGUGAUGACAAGGAGCACAAUCUCAAUAAGGAAGCGAUCAAUCAAGUAUGCUGGCAUUUGAGAAGGAUCUCUGAAGAGCUGCCACAAUCAAACGCUCAUAAAAAGAAUGGUUUUGGACAAAAACCAACAGUGGCACCGAAAAAUGAGAAAGACAUGAAUGCGGAAAAACGCCGACGGAAAUUGAAAGCGAAAGAACGUCAAGCAACGAUGCUCCUUGGCAUUAUUUUAUCCGCUUUCAUCCUUUCAUGGCUUCCAUUCUUCGUAAUGUAUGUAAUUGGAGCAUUUGGAUACGAGACGCCUCCUGUUAUAUUCAAAUUUUUCUUCUGGCUGGGAUACUGCAACUCUGGUAUCAAUCCUGUAAUUUACACUGUCUUCAACAGAGAAUUCAAGCGUGGAUUAUGUCGCCAAUUACAGAAGUUUGAACGCUAUCUACGAUCGUUCACUGAAUUCUACAAGUAA